GCACGUCGUCCACUAUGGCGGAAUGUAGCCUUGCUGACAGCAGGGACGCGAGCCGUCACCAUACCAUGGAUAAAAGCAUCACUCUACCUCCAGACGAGAUAUUCCGCAAUUUGGAGAACGCCAAACGCUUUGCCAUAGACAUAGGUGGAUCUCUCACCAAACUCGCCUAUUAUUCUACAGUUCAGCACAAAGUGGCCAAAGUUCGCUCCUUCGACCACUCGGCCAAGGAGGCGGCCGGCGACAAUCUUUACGAGAUCUCGGUUCAAGAGGAGGUGACGGCGCGCCUGCACUUUAUCAAGUUUGAGAAUGCCUACAUUGAAACUUGCUUGGACUUCAUCAAAGACCACCUUGUUAACACCGACACCAAAGUCAUCAAGGCCACAGGUGGCGGGGCGCACAAAUUCAAAGAACUGCUGGAAAAGAAACUGGGACUCAAGGUGGACAAAGAGGACGAGAUGACGUGUCUGAUCAAGGGAUGCAACUUUGUGCUGAGGAACAUCCCUCAUGAGGCCUUCGUGUACGCCAAGCACGCCGACUCCGAGUUCCGCUUCCAGACCACCCAGCCGGACAUCUUCCCUUACCUCCUCGUCAACAUCGGCUCCGGUGUCUCCAUCGUCAAGGUGGAAUCGGAGGACAAAUUUGAGCGUAUUGGAGGAAGCUCGAUAGGUGGGGGGACGUUCUGGGGCCUCGGGGCGUUACUCACCAAAACAAAGAGGUUUGACGAGUUGCUCCAACUGGCCUCGAAGGGGCAGCACACAAGCGUGGACAUGCUGGUCAAAGACAUUUACGGAGGAUCAUACGGCUCACUGGGCCUCACCGGUGACUUGAUUGCCAGCAGCUUCGGCAAGUCCGCCACGGCCGACAAAGAGUUCUCCAAAGAGGAUAUGGCGAAGAGUUUGCUGCACAUGAUCAGCAACGACAUCGGGCAGCUGGCCUGCCUCUACGCCAAACUCCACCAGCUGCCGCGCGUCUACUUCGGGGGCUUCUUCAUUCGGGGCCAUCCGGUCACCAUGCACACCAUCACCUACAGCAUCAACUUCUUCACCAAGGGCGAGGUGCAGGCCUUGUUCCUCAGACACGAAGGCUAUCUGGGAGCCAUCGGGGCUUUUCUCAAAGGAGCCGAGGAAGACAAUCCAAACCAGUACAGCUGGGGGGAGAAUUACGCGGGAAGCUCCGGCCUGAUGAGUAUUUCUCCGGAAAUGAAUCCCAUGCAACGCGCACGAAGCGGAACGUUUCCCUUCGACAUGCUUGAGAUGGACCGUCUGGAGAGGCAGCUGGUCAAUCUCCAUCUGCUCCAGGACCCGUCUUCCUACAUCCCAGACACGGUGGACCUCACCGAGGACGCCCCGGCCCGCGAAUACUGGCUGGACUGCUUUGAGGAGGCCCUCGACGGGGUGGUGAAGCGAGCCGUGGCCAGUCAGCCCGACAUGGCCGAGUCGGCGGAGCGGGCCGAGAAGUUCCGCCACAAGUACAGACACAAGCUUCAGACCCUGCGUCACCAACCCUUCGCUUACGGCUCUCUCACGGUCAGAAGUCUGCUCGACACGCGGGAGCACUGCUUAAAUGAGUUCAACUUUCCCGAUCCCUACUCCAAGAUCAAACAAAAGGAGAACGACGGCGCGCUCAAAUACUACCAGAAGGCCGUCGGGUUUCUGGAGGCUCUGGGCUGGGAGCAGAGACAGUUCGCUCUGGUCCGGGGCGUCCUGGCUGGCAACGUCUUCGACUGGGGAGCAAAGGCCGUCUCCGACGUCCUGGAAUCAGACCCAGAGUUUGGCUUUGAGGAGGCAAAAAGGCAGCUGGAAGAGCGGCCGUGGCUGGUGGAUUCAUAUGACCAAUGGCUCCAGAGACUUAAGGGGCGUCCUCACAAGUGUGCCUUGUUUUUCGUAGAUAAUAGCGGCGUAGACAUCAUUCUAGGAGUGAUGCCUUUUGUCAGGGAGCUUCUCUCUCGCGGAACAGAGGUGGUGCUGGCUAGCAACUCCGGUCCGGCCCUGAACGAUGUCACGAAUGGCGAGCUGCAGAUUCUGACCGAGAGGAUCGCCGCCAUGGACCCGGUCAUUCAGGCGGGGCUGAGGGACGACAGAUUGACCUUGAUUCAGAGCGGCUCCAGCUCUCCUUGCCUAGAUCUAAGCCGCCUGGACAAAGUUUUGGCCAUGGUGGUGCGCGAGCGUCACACGGACCUGGUGAUCAUCGAGGGGAUGGGCCGGGCCAUCCACACCAACUACUACGCCACGCUCAGCUGCGAGAGCCUCAAAAUGGCCGUCAUCAAGAACUCCUGGCUGGCUGAUCGGCUCGGCGGGAAGCUCUUCAGCGUGGUCUUCAAGUAUGAGGUGCCGGUUGGGAGCGCCGGCGCCGUGUGAGCCUUUAUGGACUCAACGUAAUGAAUGUAAGAUGGCUAAAUGAACGUUUUACAGGCGCAGGGAAGUAUUACAUUUACAGUAUUUCAAAACCAUCAUUCUUUUAUUGUUCUGAGUCACUUGGCUGGAUUUAAACUAUGGGUCCAGGUGACUAAUUCCACUCCAGUGCCAAUAUCAUUUGUGUCUUUUAGCCUAUUUAUUUACAUUGAGCAACCAAUAUGCUGAUAUCUCCCGUAAAUAAUAAGUCGCAGGCAACUAGUCACAAAAGGUAUUUGUCACGGCAAAGCGGUUCAAACCGCGAGGAUCAUAAAGCAUCAACGCUGCGUUGCUAAUAUUGGCCUUGACAACCGCAAGUACUCAAUGAGCCGUCUAGAACCUCUCCCGCAGAAGGAGCCACAAAAGCCUUUUAAUAUCUGAAGUGAGGAUAAGACUGCAUUUUUUUAGCUGUGUAUCACAGUGGUGUGUUGCGUUUAUGAACUCAACAAAGUGCUACAGAGAGCACAUUUUAAUUCUGCAUGAGAUGAGAAAAACACUUGGGUGAAACCUACUUUUAAAUAAAAUAAGUCAUUGUGUA